AUGCCCAGAGUGAAUAUUCUCAGGGCUAUUGCUGGCAUUAGAUGGGGUGCCCACCCCUCGAACCUUCUCAAUGUUUAUAAGGGCUUUAUUAGACCGCUAUUGGACUGGGGAUGUCAAUCCUUCAAUCCACUGAAUGAACAACUCUAUUUGAGAGUUAGUCGCCUACAAUACACGUCCCUAAGAAUUGUGUCGGGUAUGAUGAUUACCACUCCUACUAACGUUCUGUUGGAUAUCAACGGCGAGUUUCCGCUGGACUCGCGCUGGUUUUGCCUCACUUCCAGAUUUUUGGCCAAGACUAUGGCGCGGUGCUCGCAUCCGCUAAGACAACUGAUAAUUGAUCUCCGUGACCAACAGGACAUCGAGAAAGAUAACAUCUGUUACUUGUUGGACGUUUAUUUUGCUCACGCGGAUCUCUUUGAGCAGAUUGACUCUUUUCGUUUGCCUGGUUACCUCGACUUUCCGUACGAGUGCAGACAUUUUGAUCCCGUAAUCAAUACGGACUUGGGUCGACAAGUUGCGAUAGAUCCCGAUCCUGUUUCCUCCUUCGAGCUCCUCACAUCCUCUUUGGAGUUUGAUGCCUUAUUUUAUACCGACGGAUCCCGAUCCGAGUCGGAUGGCAGAGUUGGCUGCGCUGCGUUCUCUCCGGAGCUCGAUUUGGAGCAUAAGGAAAGAAUUAACAAUAACUGUACCAUUUUUGAGGCUGAAGCAUUGGCCAUACAGUAUGCGGUUGAUACAGUUCUGAAUGAGAAGAUAAGAAAAACGGUAAUAAUUUCCGAUUCCUUGAGUGUGUUGUCUAAUCUCGAGAAUCCGGUGUCGACGGGCAUAUUGCACCGUGGAAUUCUGAAAAUCAAGAGAUCUUUGUUUGAAUGUUUCAAACAAGAAUUUGAAGUCCAUAUCUACUGGAUCCCCAGUCACAGGGGCAUCCCCGGUAAUAAGAGGGCGGACGCCCUUGCUAAAGAAUCUUUGCGUCUUCCUGACACCUUCCUCCUUAGUAAGUGUCACUAUACCAAUCUCUAUUCCAAGUUCAAAGCCUUGUCAAAAAGUAGAGCUUCUCAAACCAUCCUUGCUGAAAGUCGUUACAAAGGGACAAGAUAUUUCAAUCAUGUGCGUGACGUUCUCGCACCUCCGUGGUACUCCAAUAAGAAAAAUAUUAAGGAGGAUCUUCCGAGACCAUUUAUCACCUUUAUCUCAAGACUGAGAUCCCAUCACACGUCAACAAAAGACCAUCUCUUCAAAAAAAACAUUACUGACUCCUCGGAGUGCUCGUGUGGUCAUCCUUCCCAGGACAUGAACCACGUUUUCUGGUUCACGACGACUCUAAUCUGCUCAUUACUCGGUUGCAUGGGAUUACUCCCGACAUAG